AUGUUGAUGAGGUGGACGAGCCACCUGCUGCCUGUGCCAGCCGGGCUAUCUAAACCAGGCCCGAAUGUCAAGCCACUGCCAACGACCGGUAUCAUGGAAGAUGUUGAUCUGGCUACGAUCAAGCCUACCUUCAUACCCAGGGGAUCCAAACCGAAGGACGCGGAGAAGAAGGAAAAGAAAAACAAGAAACAGAAGGGUUCUAAGGACGAGGAUGGCGGAGAGUCAUUAUCGCUCACUGCUGCGCGUCAAAAACACCGAGAUCGGGAUGACGAGAGGUCGAGGAAGAAGAAACUGAAGGAUUGGGAGGGGGAUGGAAGUGAGGAUAUGUGGGUUGAGAAUCCUCUACCAGAUAUCAUGAAGGCCCUGCCUAUCACUGAUGUGUCCCCUGGUGAAGGCAGUCAGGCUCGUAAGAGGGCAAUUGAUUUCAUGUAGCGCUAUAU